AUCUCAUCUCUGUGGCAAACGAUUCAUACCGGUUUUAUUGGACCAUUAGUUUUUAGUUUAUUCGAACCAUGUGGCGACUGGUUUGGUUUCUUCUCUUGGUCAUCUUUCCACAUAUGUUUCAUCAGCAGAAUUUGACAAAAAACCAAAAUGAUGACGGUGACCAACCACAAACGAGAAUCCUCAACCGGAAACUUAAUCGAUAUCCUCCUCAAGAUUACAAGGAUUACCAAUCGCUUUACCGACCACCAUGCUUUGACGUGGCCUGCGCUGUCGACGAAUCUUAUCCUAUAGAUUUUGUUGCUUCAGUGGUGGCCAAUCACUUGCCACUGGUUGAGCAGCUGCAUUCCAUGUUGUACCGCUACCCAGCAGAGAAGUUGAUUCUGAUCGAAAACUCUACAGAUUCUUACAGGCUUAAAGGCAAUUUUGCAUGCGAAUCGGAUGUGGUUUGGCUGAAACUUGGCUGGGCCCACGACGUCACUGGCCGGAACCUCUUGGUUGUAAACACGCCUCGUUACCCCCAGAUUCAUCGUCUUGAAACGUGCAGGUACGCAGAUAAACACUGCGAGUACUUGCCACCCUGUUACCGAUCCAGGUGUCAGCAAAGAUACACUCACAAGCAUAUGAUAGUCAUCGAUCCAGCCAAACUGAGUAGUGGACCCUUCGUCGAUCUUUUACCGCUGCCAUCGUCCUGUUCUUGUUUUGUCGACAAUUUCGUCUACUUUUAAACGGACAUUUACAUUUUAGCUAUUACAGUGAAUGUUUAUUUUUAUUAUCAUAUACCUGUGAUGGUUUAAAAAAAAACUAAAUUUACCACGGCUUUUACAAACAAGAAACAAAGAAGAAAAAUAAAUCACGUGGGGCAAUGAAUCGAAACCAAUACUAUCUAGUGCGGGGCAACGACAGCCAUUGUUUUACAAAUGCUUUGGUAUUAUGUACAGGCAAUGUAGCGUGCUCGCAGUUAAGUUGUAUACAAACACAAUCAAAAUGAUGAAUGUGAAGGGCAAAAGAAAAACUAGGUCAAAAUUAACCAAAUAUUAAUAAUACUUCCUUUUCAUAUCAUGGUAUUUUGUUUCGUUUUUCUAGUUGCCUUCGUGUCCUUAGCAGAAGUGGUUUUCAAGUCAAUUGUAGUCUGCUUCGAAGGUGUUUGGGGAUAAGUUUCUAAGAUAUUAUUCUAGCUGCAGGAUUUUAACAUUCGAGUUUGCUCGCUCGCUUAGUUAAGUUUUUAAAUUACUGUACAAUCCUCUAAUGGUGUGCAUCAGCAAUAAAAUGGCGCAAGCGAUGGCUGCUUCUACGGUAACAAGGUGCAAUGUGCUUUCACAAUGACCAGCGUUGUCAUCAUCAUUUGAUUUUCUUUCUAUUCUUGCCUGAUUGAAGGGAAAGUAAAAAAAUAUCGUUUGUUAAAUAUGGUUAGCUGCAAACGUUAUUGUUGCCCAUUCGCGAUUAGGAACGUAAACGUCAGAAUAAAAAUAAUAAUAAUAAAUGGUACUUUUUAGCGAAAAAAAAAUCUAAAUGGUAAAUAAAGGCUUUGCUUUUUUGUGACGUUGGUGGUUGAUGCCUACUCUAGGUGAAUUUUGCUAACGGCACUUUUAGUAAAUCCUUUGAAUUCAGAAUGUCGGUUGUCGGAAGAGUUCUGC